GGUGGGGCAAGCGGCGUUGUUUCGGGACCACCGAUGGACAGCGGCUGGAUCGACGACACAAAGCUCUGGCCCAUGGUUCAACGAUCAUUUGUCUACGACUACAUGGUCAAGGCAAUCGACCAAGAUGGGAAGCCUGCACAGAACUACAGGGGGUUUGCAGAGGGCAUCAACCUUUUUGACAGUGGCAAUGUUGGGAAAGCUUUGUGUCAAUCCAAGGAUGGCAUCUGCAGCAUAAAGGCUGACAUCAGGUCAACACAGACAGGGAGCCGGUUUUACAGCACACAGAUCAGUUUUCGCCCCAGCUUCUCUGCAAGCUGCAACUGCAAGGCAGGACAGAGCUUCAGGUGCAGUCAUGUUUGUGCCUUACUUAUGAAGGUGGUUGAGGCGACUAACAAAGGUCUCACUGGCUCAUCAUGCACUGACAAAACCUGCGUAUGGAAUGCUUCUACAAUGAAAAAUGUGACACCAGGGACCAUGGAAAAUGUCUACAGCCACAGGAGCAAGUCGUCAUGUCCCCUGCAGUUCCUGACCAGAGAGGAGAUGGAAAGGAAUUUUGAUGAAUGCACCCUAAACCUGGAUCAACUGAAGGGUACAUUGCUCUGCAGUGUCCUGAAGCCCCCAAAACAAGUUGCAAGAGGCGCAAGCAUCGAUGCAUCUUCCCAGGAAGAGCAUGGUCCCCAUAGCAGCCAGCUGUUGUGCACACCGUGCAGGAACUUUUACAAAAAGUACAUCCUUCUGUCGGCUGAACAGGCAAAGAAAGUGUCUGAAUAUUCCCAAGGAAGCAUAGAGUGGUUUCAGGAAAGAUCGCUUAGGAUUAUAGCCAGCGAGGCGAGGAGCAUCCCAAUAAAGGCACACCCUGAGAAGUGGGUUGAGCGACGAAUCCAUCCUACAUUUCGUGGCAGCACAAGCACGCGUUAUGGACGAGAGAACGAACCAGUGGCCCGCGCCUGGUACAAGAGGACUAAGACAUGCGAUGUCGUCGAGCAUGGCCUUGUGCGGCCAUCAACGUCGUGGCUGGGUGCAAGCCCUGAUGGAGUGAUACUAGACUCCGACAAAAUUAUUGAAAUCAAAUGUCCAGCACCUCAGACCCUCCACAAAUGA